CAUGCCCGAAACGUCGAUUCUCCUGCUCCUCGGAUGCUGCCUUCUCCAGCAUCUGCAGUUCUCACUUUCUUCGACAUAAAGGCAAUGGCUAACACUGAGACUCCCAGUUUGCCGGCCGGCCAGCGCUCCCGCUGCGGCGACUGGUGGCAGCGGCUUCUGCUGCAGGAGGGGGAAGCAAUGAGUGGAUCCAGGAAAUACAUCUCCAUCAGCGUGCCCGAUAAACCCGACUCCAUGUCCCCGCAUAUCAAGUCGGCGGAGGAGCUGCGGGUGAUUGGCUUAAACCUGAGCGACUUCUCCAGGACCGUGCAGUUCCUCAUCUGUGUGUCCGGAGUCUUCAUCUUCUAUCUCAUCUACGGAUACCUGCAGGAGCUCAUCUUCUCUGUGGAAGGCUUCAAACCGUUCGGUUGGUACCUCACUCUGGUACAGUUUGCUUUCUACUCCACCUUCGGCCUGAUCGAACAGCAGCUCACGCAGGACAAGAGGAGGAGAAUCCCCUGGAAAACUUAUAUGCUUAUAGCGUUUCUUACAGUGGCCACUAUGGGCUUGUCAAACACCUCACUUGGUUAUCUGAAUUAUCCAACUCAAGUAAUCUUCAAAUGCUGCAAGCUGAUUCCUGUUAUGAUAGGAGGAGUCUUCAUUCAAGGGAAACGUUAUAAUAUUAUAGAUGUGUCAGCUGCACUUUGUAUGAGUCUGGGUCUGAUUUGGUUCACUUUGGCUGAUAGCAAAGUGGCACCUAAUUUCAAUCUGACAGGCAUAGCGUUUAUUUCAAUGGCACUUUGUGCUGAUGCAGUUAUUGGAAAUGUACAAGAGAAAGCAAUGAAAUUACAUAAUGGUUCAAAUUCAGAAAUGGUUUUAUAUUCCUACUCUUUAGGCUUUCUAUAUAUAUUAACGGGUUUGUUUUGCACUCAAGGACUGGGCCCUGCUUUUGUCUUUUGUUCAAGGCAUCCUACGCAGACAUAUGGUUAUGCCUUUAUGUUUUCCUUGACUGGAUAUUUUGGAAUUUCCUUUGUACUAGCUUUGAUAAAACUCUUUGGAGCACUUGUUGCUGUAACAGGGAAGAAAAUGUGCUGUCCUUCUCUGUUUUGGCCUGCAUGUUAUUCUAGACCCAUGACACUUAACUUUGGGUAUGGUUAAUAAAGGCUUACUGAGCCUAUGAUGCCCUUAUCCCAUAAAUGAAUGAUUUGAAAACUGGGCCAAUAUGACAGUAAUUUAUGUCCAGAUUACACCCAAAACACAAAUUGUACCUUGGUGGGUAGAAUCUUGAAAUCUGCUGACAAUGCAAAAGUAACCAUAAAUGUUGAGGAGGAUUUUCAAAGACUUAUGCGGACAUUGGUUAGUGAAAUAGCCAAAUGGUUAGCAUAUGCAAUUUAAAUAGAUAAGUAUGAUACAUUUUGGGCAGCAGAACCAAUCCAAAUAAGAAGGGUGUGAAUGAAGAGUCAUCUGGGAGGUUGAAUUCAAAACUCGAGAUAAUUGGUACAGCUAGAUGAAGAAAUAGCAGUCAACAGCAUUUUGGAUUUUGUAAGUAAGAAUGUGUAUUACUUCUGUCCUCUGGUAUUCUAUUUAUAUAAUUUAGGUAGGCCAAAGUUAGGGGUUCCUGAGUAAGGUUUUGUAUGUCUUUAGUAUUGUUAUGAAGUUGAAGGUAUGUGCUGUAUCUUUUGAGAGAGAGUACUGUUCUGAACGGAGAGGUUGCAAGUACCUAUGAAUAUGAUGAGAUGGCAGUCUCAGAUUGUACUGGAAAAAUGAAAAUAUGUAAUAUUUGGCUGUGAAAUGGAUACCUGAGUUUUGGUUGCAGUUUUGACGACAAUUCAAAUUUAACCAAUCAGUUUAAAUUAUGCCCCAAAAUGCUAAAACCCAAUCGCGUUUGAAUGAUUGUUUUGCCAACAUCUAACCAAUGAGAUGAUCUGAUGUUGGAGAUAUAAGAAUGCAGAUUUUUUGAUGAUUGGUUAGAGAACAACUAUCAUAGAGAGAAACUCCUGCAGAGCUAAUUGCCCAUCUUAACAUCUUGCUGUCAAAGAAAUUAGAAAACACUCUCUAUCAAAAGUAUCUUUUCAUGUGAAAUAUACAGUAGAAAGAAGGCAAGCCAGGAAGAUUGCAGCUAGAAGAGCGAAGACACAGAAGAAGAUAGCAACUAUGUGGUUUUGAAAUUACAUUGACGUCAUUUUAAUAAGUGUCUUAUUGGAACAGCAUAUUGUUAGAGUUGGAAGCAGAUAGUAAGCAGUUAAGAGAAGGGAAGGCUUAGAAUUUUGUGACUAGCCUUUGUUUAAUGUUCACUUUUAGAGUUAAAAAAUAAAUUAAUGUUAUUUUCUUUAAAUGGUGGAACUUGAGAGUUCUGUCACUCAUAUUUUAACAGAUUGAGGCAAGGUGAGCUUUUCUGGGUGUUUAGUUUAAUUAACAGAGGGGUUCAACUCCAUGUCAUAACAGUAUCAAUAGAUACAUUAAAGCCACAAGAGAUUACCCCAGUAAUUGUUUUUAAAAAGCAGACUAAAUUGGAUUGCAGCCUUCUGAGUUGGAAAAUCUGAUGUUCUUUUAUCAUGCAACCCAACUAAUGCUGGCCUACUUAAUUGGAGUUGAAAUCAGUUAUGUAGUUGAACCUGCUAUUGUAAGUCGGAAAUGCAGUGGCUUUUU